AAUGCGAAUAAUUUGAAGAAAAUAUUUUGAUUACUAAGUUUAUGUUAAGUUGUCUUUGGGYUCUGGUAGAAUUCUGGAAUACCUAAAAAGGUUGCGCCGAUGUCCUAAUAAGAWAUAUCAGCUACACGCCUUAUUACAAUCACGGCUAACUUCUAUCUUAUCAAGAGAUUUGUUCCUUAAAAGAGACACCUUACUGAUGUCCUUUUCCACGAAGUUUGCGCUACAUUCCUUAACAGGAGAGAGUUACAACGAUGUGUUCUGAGCUGUCAAGCUGUUAUCACCAACUAUAUGUGGUCAAAGACAAAUAUUACAAGAAGCGAGGCCGUAUCAAAAACUUGACGCUUAUAAUUAUAAUUCUGUAUUUUUCUCUUUCUUACUCAAUACACAAGAAMUUUUUAAAGAAAGAGCGUAAUUUUUCUUGGCAAAAAAUGUCGUGUCCAAAUAAGCCAUCAACCGGUGUCAAGAAAAAGGACGAUGAUGCUGAAGAUGCCGACGAGAAUGACUCAGGAGUCUAUGAAAUGUGGCAAGAAUUUUUACACAGCCUAACACUACAUGGAUUUCGUUUUAUCUUUGAACCCGGCCCRAUAUUUCGACGYAUAGUUUGGCUUGGUAUACUUUUAUGUGCAGUGAGCAUGGUCUUUAACCAAAGUAGAAAAAGUAUCGGGAAAUACUUGGCUUACCCCAUUACAACCAGUGUGCAAGUUGAGUUUCUGGAGGAGAUAACCUUUCCAGCAGUCACAAUUUGUAACUUUAAUUUGUUUCCUUAUUAUCUUAUCAAUGGGACAAUAGGAGAAAAAGUCAUGUCCAUUCUAGCACCUCAAAAGUACAUCGACAAUAAAGAGGAAGUCCUUUUUGCGCGUUCUCCAAUUCCGAAUUUUAUGAACUAUCUUCGUAAGCGUCGYUCAUCCAAAAAGGAAGGGACAGUCGUCACAGAUGACAUGCUUGACAACGAAAAAGACUUUGAUUUUGAUGACAAGUUCGAUUUUGCAGAAUUUGUUCGAACGCACGGUCACCGUAUAGACCACAUGAUUAAAAGAUGCCGAUGGAAAUCCCAGCCUUGUGGACCUGAAAACUUUUCCGCUGUCAUCACUGAGUUUGGAUUAUGCUACACAUUCAAUUCAGGAAGACCAGGCCAUCCAUUAUURAAGGUACGGCGAGCUGGAGUAGACUAUGCUUUGCGGUUACAGCUGAGUGUWCAACAGGAUCAAUACUACGGCUCUCUUCGAGACUCGUCAGGGUUUAAAGUUAUGGUGCAUGAUCAAGAAGAACCACCGCUGAUCAAUGAGCUUGGUAUUGCAAUUCAGCCAGGAACUCAUACUUUCUGUGGUCUUCGUAAGGAAGUGAUGAAUAAUCUUCCCAAACCGUUCAAAACCGCAUGUGAAGACAAGUACUUAGAGGGAUUUACUAAGUACACCAAAUCUGCGUGUCUGUUAAAGUGUCGCGCUGAUUAUGUGAUUAAGAUGUGCAAGUGUCGUUCAUAUGAUCUUAAAGGAUCUGCUCCACCRUGUAGCCCAAGAGAAGUUAAAAACUGUGUUUGGCCUGCUAUGGAGGCUUUUCAUAAUGAGAGCCACAAUUGUGAAUGUCCUGUACCUUGUGAAAUAACSAAGUACCAGCUUCAACUGUCUUAUGCUCAAACUCCAGCAAAACAUUUCUCUGAAGUCCUUGCUCGACGGAAACAUGUCCGCAAAGAUAUCAUGAGGCACUACCUAAGGGAUAACUUCCUUGAGCUUGAUGUGUACUUUGAAGAGAUGCAGGUCACAUUGAUACAUCAGCGACAAGCUUAUGAUCAGGAAAGUCUGUUUGGUGACAUCGGUGGUCAAGUAGGGCUGUUCCUAGGAGCUAGUAUACUYACUGUUCUAGAGUUCUUCGAUCUCUUCUUGAGAAUAAUGGCUUACAAGUUGAACCUUAGAAGACACGCUCAUGAUGUGUAAUGUAGCUUGACAAUAUACGGUAUUCAUAAAUUCAYGGAACGAUACCAUUGGUCAGCCGACAGAACAACAUCAACGCCUAGUAGUCGGCGCGUAGUAUCGAGGACUUGUAAUUCCAAAGGGUA